AUGGUGGACAUAAAAAAACUUGAUGGGAAUCCUGCUGUUUACUCAAACCCUCAAAACUUCCUUUCAUUACCAUUCCCAUAUCCUGGAUCAAAAAAACCAAUAGAUAGGUUUUCUAUUAAUGAUGGUUUUUUUACCUUCAUGGGAAUAAAGAAAUUCAGCAAUGUUCUAGACAAAAUCAAAGAAUUUAGAGUGAAUACUGGUUAUAUUAAAAUGUUUAUUUAUGGCACAGUUGGGUAUGGAAAGUCACAUAUUCUCACAGCAAUAGCUUGCUUUCUUCUCCGGAGCGAAAGGCAUGUUGUAUAUCUUUCCGAUUGCCGCGAACUGGCUGUAAACCCAGUAAACUACAUCAAAUCAGCCUUAUUUCUCACCUAUGUGGAUGAUGAUGCGAAAAUAAGCGAAAUUAAUGCCUGUGAAAAAUUUGAUCAAAUCGUAAAAUUUUGUGAAUCAUUAGAUGAAACGCUAUAUUUUAUCGUAGACCAAAUGAAUGCUCUGGACGAUUAUGAUAAUACUGGAAUUAACUUAGAGAAAAAGAUUCAAAUUAAAGAAAACCUCAAUAAAAUGUGUGCAGACCAUUUUUAUAUCAAGAGUUCUUCAACAAAAAACCAAACAGUAUUGCACCUUAGGCAAAAACAGACCAAUGAAAAAAAAUUUGAACUUUAUGGAGGGUUCGAUAAGCGGAAGGAUCAAAUUGAAGACAUCACCGGCAAUAUUCCGCUCUUAUUAAACGUUUUGCUGGAAUCUGAUUGUAAGAAUUUUGAAGAUGCAUUAGGCUACUUAAAUCAACAAUUAACAUCAAAGAUACAAGAGCCGAUGACAGGCUUUUUAGAGAAGAUUUAUAAACUAGACAAUAAAAGAUUGGAUUUGUAU